CAAGGCUGCAUUCCAUCAGUGACGACAUUUUGUCUUCUACCUUCCUGGUCCGUCUGAGCAGAGGAGAGGCAAGGGGUCAGUGCUUAGAAGAAAAGGCCGGAAGCUUCCCUGACACCUCCUGCUGGUUGCUCUCAGUCCUGGGCCUGGAGCUGGUGGAGGAGGAAGCUGAUGAAGAAACUGACACGCAGAGAGGGACCUGAGUCAGGUCACACAGCCGGUUGGUGACAUAUCAGGAGUUGGGUCCAGACAUCCUGGUUCCUGAUUAAGGGUGAUUCGGAUUAAACUUCCUGUUGUAGCCUGGGCAAUGGGGACAGGUGCCUGGGAGCCUCUCCUGUGUGCGCCCACAGCGCCCUCUGCUGUCUCUACCGCAGCACGUUUCACUCUGAACUGAGGAUCUCAGACGCAGUUUUCUGGAACAAGGUACUUAGAGGAAACAGGGGCCCAGCUUUCCUCCUCUCUCCUGGCAGCCAGAGCCUGAGGCUCCAUUCCCGGGGGGAGUGGCCUCCAGCACAGGGAGAGUGAAGGCCCAGGGAGCAGCGGCUGGAGGACAGGCCAGGGCCAAGUGCGAACGGGGGAGCUGCCUGCACCCAGAGCUGCACAGAUCUGUCUCUUCCACGGUCCACACUCUCCCUGUCGCUGUCUAGGACCACGCGAUGAUGCUUCCGUGCCUUGUGGUCUUGUCCGUGCUGGGUCUCGGGGCCUGGGGUGAUGUCUCCUGGGAUCAAGCACAAGCCAAACACAUGUUGGAGAGGCUCCAGUACCUGUUUACCAACGUCUCCCUGCUCACAGGAAAUAGCAGAGUGGAUGUCUCCACCAUGGUCUCUCGCAAGAAGUGGGGUGCAGAAGCUGUGGGCUGCAGCACUCGGCUGACCACGCCGGUGGAUUUCCUUGUCACGCACCACGUCCCUGGCCUGGAGUGUCACAACCGGACUGUCUGCAGUCAGAGGCUACAAACACUGCAGACUCAGCACGUGCACAACAACAGCUGGUGUGACGUGGCCUACAACUUCCUGGUUGGGGACGAUGGCAGCGUGUAUGAAGGUGUUGGCUGGGACGUGCAAGGCGUGCACACCCAGGGCUACAACAACGUCUCCCUGGGCCUCGCCUUCUUCGGCACCAAGGAAGGUCACAGCCCAAGCCCUGCGGCCCUCUCCGCCAUGGAGGGCCUGAUCUCCUAUGCUGUCCAACAGGGCCACCUGUCACCCUUGUACAUUCAGCCACUUCUUGUGAAAGGCGAGAACUGCCUGGCCCCCCUGCGGACGGCCAGUCCCAAGAAAGCUUGCCCCGCCAUUGUCCCUCGGGCAGCUUGGGAGGCCAGGGAGACCCAGUGCCCCACGAUGACCCUCCCGGCUAAGUAUGUCAUCGUUAUUCACACCGCUGAGAGAACCUGUACCACGUCUGAUGAGUGCCGUCCGCGGGUCCAAACAAUGCAGUCUCGGUUCCUAGACAGAUUCGGAGCAUGUGACAUUGGGUAUAACUUCCUCGUGGGCCAGGACGGUGCCAUUUAUGAAGGCGUAGGCUGGAAUGUUCAAGGCUCCCACACUCCGGGGUACAAUGACAUUGCCCUGGGCCUGGCUUUCAUGGGUACCUUCUCGGAAAAGCCCCCCAAUGCUGCGGCGCUGGAGGCGGCCCAAGCCCUGAUCCAGUGUGCGGUGGACAAGGGGUACCUGACUCCCAACUACCUUCUGGUGGGGCACAGUGACGUUAGCAAUACCCUGUCUCCUGGGAAGGCUUUGUACAACGUCAUCAGCACCUGGCCUCAUUUCAGACAGUGAGGGAGCGCCUGGUCCCUGAGACCGUCCCCCCACUUCCCCCACGGGCUGCUGGGCCUCCCCUGUCCUCACCCUCCACAAUGGCUCAACACCGCAUGUCCCCCCCUGCCAGCCCCAUCUGUCCCUCCUGUCUCAGGUUGGUAUGACCCUCUCCUGCUGGCAUCCUCCAGCGACCCCCGAUCCCUGUGGCUGGGCAUCCAGCCCCCUGAGUCUGGGCCCACUUCCCCUCUCGUCAUCGUCCUCUGCCCCGGGCGCCCUGCUGGGCGUAGGGCUGAGUGAGGACCCGUUGCUCUGGAGCUCUGCAGCCCUCCCUGCCUGUACUGGAAACACAGAAGUGUCCUUUGUUUUCUCUGGUCUUGGUCUGGAAAACAGGGGAGGAGAGAAAGAGAAAAACAGACUGGACGAAUAAAAGGAAAAAAAUGUGCAUAAGGAGAAGUAGAGUUGGAGCACACGGCGGCAGAACUGUUAUCCUCCGCCAACCACACCGAGUGCUUCCCGACCUCCAGGGAUCACUCACGCUGUUCCCCUGGACACUGCCCCCCAUUUCCUCCUGUGCAAAUACUCCCCUCUAGUGAGCAGAACUUCAAGCACUAUGUCUGUUUCUUGCUUUGCUGCAUAAUCAGAUGUCUCCUGCGGGCAGUGGCUAAAAGCUUGGCUCCAGGACCAAGGGCUGGAGAGAGCAAGAUCGGACCCCUGGCGUCCCACGUGACUGCCCAGCAAGGGCGUUUGUGGCAGAGUGGAGUCAUAAUAACCAGCUAAAUCAGGUGACUUCAGUCAGUUUAUUUCUCUAACCACCUAGGUACUUACUCAAGGGUCUCAUGUAAAAAGUGGCCAUGUGGCAGAGAUGAAGGCUACAACUGGGUCCAGCGACAGUGUUCCCUUCACCGAACCAGCCACCACUACUGUUGACUGUCCAGCCUGCCCACAGCAGAGGCCAAUGACAAGUUCCCAACUGGCCCUUUUACCUGGGAGAUCCUGCCACACCACUAGGGGACAGAAUCUCUUUACAAACUCCCCGAACGAGCAGAUGGAGACCAACCACCAAGAGCCAUAGGUCUCUUCGGUUCCAGCAUCUGUGUAGGAGGAAGCAGAGGGCGACAGCAGGAUGCCUGAUGGAUCUGAGGACUUCACAGGAUGAAGCUGUACUUACCUACAAAUUUAGACAGCUCAGCAGCUAAAGUCAGGAGGGGUUUACACGUUCUGUCUGUGGCAAUGUCUGCGGGACCUGGAGCAGUCUGGGUAUUACGACUCAAAACGAGCCAACUUCUAGAACAGAGUCCCCCAGGGGAGAACGCCUGGGAAGAAUGUCAUGCAGCUCAUGGAUAAGAGACGCAAAAGAUCAGAAAAGGGUCAGAUAAGAGUGGGGGCGGGCGUCAAGCUCCGUGUUCUCUCAGGGCAGUCGCCACCCUUCCUUGAACGCUUGCCAGACUACAGUGACGAACAGGGAGCUCUA